UCUCUCGAACGUCUAUCUGUAGUCAGCCACUCUAACGUGGAACGGUGGAUGGCAUGGCAAACGAAAACAGUGAAAUGUGAAUAACGUCAGUACAGCGCGAAUAAUGAGAAUGAAUUUAAUAGCUAGCUUCGCUAAUGUGGCUCCUUCGUUGCGAAGCCGUGAACCUAUCUUGUUAUUUUCUGGCUUGUUCAGGACAUGAUAGUAUCUCCUCGACCUGAUAUGCGUUGUGGAGUUCUGGUCGGAUGAACGACUGAGACAGCUGUGGGUGAACAACAUGAGCACUUCUGCGUUGGAGGCUCGCUUAAAUGGUGCGCCGCGUUCCGAAGACGUCGAGAAAAAUAGCUUCACCGCUGGGAAGCCAGAGGAACAAGCCGGCAGUGCGAUGGCCACCAAGUUUAAUCUCGCAGCCGCCACUGCUCAAACUAGUGCAUCUGUUUCGAACAAGCCUCGACCGCCGGGCGCAGCUUACCUGGGGCGCUCUUUGAAGACGCCAUUUACUGCGACCCUACCUUCAAGUUCAAAGUUUAUCAUUGCACCGACCAAGGCAUGUGAGAACAAUACUGAGAAGAAGAACGUCCCUAAUAAUGACGACGUGGACACCACCGUUGCUCCGCAGGAUGCCGGUGGCCAGCCAUCUGAAGAGCAGCGCCUCUUGCAGAAACGAAGAUCUGAGUUGCAACUAGCGAGGUGUAGUGUUUUCAAGGCAAGGAGAACGCAUAAGACCGUCAAACGAAGCUUGAGCAAGCUAAAUGACUUUCUGUUCACCGAAAAAACUUACGAACGCAAUGGUAAGAAGGUUACUGAAAUUCAUUUGUCCCGUUUUGCCCUGGACGUGCUUGAGAAACAGCAGUCUGGGACUGAACACAACCCUACUGAUGAAGCAGCUGGUGCAUCAGACCAUGGUACUUCAGAUCACUCUGAAGUGGGCCAAAGUGAUACACUGUUCAUUCAUGAAAGCCAAAUGGAUUAAGCAAGCCUUUCAUAUCUUCUACUUUUCUGUAUGAUUAGCCAAGCUUCUAAUAAAUCGAAAGUUAAACAUUUAUAAAA